AUGCCUAAGGUCAAACAGCAGAAGCGCAAUAGCGCUUCGAAGGCCAGUCCCUAUGCCGAUGCGGCGGCGAAGACGAAGGCCGCCAACACCGUCUUCAAAAUGAAUACCGAUCUCGGUCAGCACAUUCUGAAAAACCCUGGCGUGGCUCAACGAAUUGUCGACAAAGCCGAGUUGAAACAGAGCGAUGUUGUUCUCGAAAUUGGUCCUGGUACCGGUAACUUGACCGUGAAGAUCCUCGAACAGGCAAAGAAAGUUAUCGCCGUGGAGCUCGACCCUCGAAUGGCUGCUGAAGUCACCAAGCGUGUUCAAGGCACACCUGCCCAGAAACGCUUAGACGUUAUCCUUGGAGACGUGAUCAAAACAGAGCUUCCAUAUUUCGAUGUUUGCAUCAGUAACACGCCGUAUCAGAUCUCCUCUCCCCUCACAUUCAAACUUCUCGCGACUUCUCCGGCGCCCCGCAUUUGCGUUCUCAUGUUUCAACGAGAGUUUGCUCUAAGAUUGUUCGCUAAGCCAGGCGAUAAGCUCUACAGUCGACUCUCUGUCAAUGCUCAGAUGUGGGCUAAGAUCGACCACGUCAUGAAGGUGGGCAAGAACAAUUUCAAGCCCCCUCCGCUGGUCGAGUCGAGCGUUGUCCGUCUGGUACCUAAAAACCCCAGGCCUCAAAUCAACUAUGAUGAGUGGGACGGGCUUCUGAGAAUCCUAUUCGUCCGGAAGAACAAGACAAUUCGGUCAAGUUUCCUUGGCAAGUCCACAGUCAUGGAUAUGUUGGAAGCCAAUUAUCGGACAUGGUGUGCGCAGAACGAUAUUCCAGUUGAGGAUGGGCCGGCGGAAGGCGCUGAGUCUGAUGCGAUGGACAUUGGCAACGCGCAAGACGAGGAAGAUGAUGAGGGUGAAGACGAGCCUGACGAGGGCAUGGACGUGGACGAUGAAGACGACGUACCCGACUUCUUCAAGGAACAGACGAACGCGCGUAUUCAAGAGGCUCUUAAGAAUCGGCCUAGUCGUAAGAAGAAGGGAAAGGUAGCAGAGCUCGUCCGGGAGAAGGUACGGCAGGUGUUGGAAGAUGAAACACGCCUUGCCGACAAGCGUGCAAGGAUGUGCGAUGAAAACGACUUCCUGAAGUUAUUGUGGGCCUUCAACCAGAAGGGCUUCCAUUUCAGCUGA